CGCGCGAGCCCCUACAGUCGCGUCAGGACAACGCGCCGGAUAUACUAAUGCAGCGUGUUGAGAAAACUCGCAUGUGUUGAUUUCUCUCCGUCAACCACAGUUCAGUAUUACAACGGAUCGGAUUAAACAUUAGACAUAUCGUAUACAGCCAGCCACAAUGGGUAGGAAGUUGGAUCCGACUAACCAGGUGAAGAAGGGGCCUGGGAGAAAGUCCAGGAAGCAGAAGGGAGCCGAGACUGAACUUUCCAAGUUUAUCACAGCUGAAGAGAGUGAACCAAAGCGCCGGACGAGCAGAGCGAGGAAAAGAGCUGUAAAAAGGGCACUUGACCCCAAAAAGAACAAAGAUGUUACAGAGCCAACACCACUGAAAGGAUUCACUGAUGAAAACAAGGACUGGUUGAAACCUGCCAAAAGAAAGCGCAAGAUUGAAACGCCUGAAAGUGAGGAUGACAGCGAUGAGAUGUGGGAGCAGGAGGAAGAGGAGGAGGAGGAAAAGGUGGAGACAAAAAAAGGAAAGAAAGCAGAAGCCGCCAAGAUGGAGCUAAAAGAGGAGGAGGAAGAUGAGGAAGACGAGGACAUGAAGGACGACUAUGGAGCAGCUGAAGAGAGCAGUGGUGAAGAAGUGGGGGAAGGAAGCGAUGAAGAGGAACUGCUUCCAAUCGAACGAGCAGCCAAGAAAGAGAAGAAGAUCAAGGCAGCCAUGGGAAUAGGGAGUGACUCUGACUCUGACGACAGUGACAACGAAGUGGCCAUUAAGAAAGAGGAAGAAGACGCCAAUGAGGACGAUGCUAUACAAACGAACAUCGAGGAGAUGGAUAAGUUCAGACUACCUGGAGAGGAAGAGCUCCUCAAGGAGAGCGUCAUUCCCCUGGACCUACAGUCUAUCCACCACAGAAUCAAGGAAAACGUGGACGUGCUCUCUAACUUUGCUGCCAAGCGGGAGGAAGGGAAAGGCAGAGGAGAGUACAUCUCUCUGCUGAGGUCGGACCUCUGCACCUAUUACAGCUACAACGACUUCCUCAUGGAGAAACUCAUGGAUAUCUUCCCAGUCUCAGAGUUGAUAGAUUUCCUGGAGGCCAAUGAGAUCCAGAGACCAGUCACCAUAAGGACCAACACCCUGAAGACCAGACGGAGAGACCUGGCCCAGGCAUUGAUCAACAGGGGGGUGAACCUUGAUCCAUUGGGGAAGUGGUCUAAAGUGGGUCUGAUCAUAUUCGACUCAUCCGUGCCCAUUGGUGCUACUCCAGAGUACCUGGCUGGUCACUACAUGCUGCAGGGGGCCUCCAGCCUCCUCCCAGUCAUGUCCCUCUCGCCCCAGGAGGGGGAGUGUGUGUUGGACAUGAGUUCGGCCCCUGGGGGCAAGACAACCUAUAUCGCUCAGCUUAUGAAGAACACCGGGACAAUCGUUGCCAACGAUGCCAAUGCCGAGCGACUCAAGAGUGUGGUCGGAAACGUCCACCGUCUGGGCGUCACCAAUGCCGUGAUCUGCAACUACGACGGCAGGCAAUUCCCCAAGGUCAUGGGGGGCUUUGAUCGAGUGCUGCUGGACGCGCCGUGUUCAGGCACCGGGGUCAUCGCUAAAGACCCCGCCGUGAAGACCAGCAAGGAUGAAGCAGACAUCCUUCGCGCCGCCCAUCUGCAGAAGGAGCUGCUGCUGGCAGCCAUCGACUCUGUGAAUGCAGACUCUGCGACAGGAGGCUACCUUAUCUACUGCACGUGUUCCAUCAUGGUGGAGGAGAACGAGUGGGUCGUAGAUUACGCUCUGAAGAAGAGAAACGUCAAAUUGGUUCCCGCUGGACUAGACUUUGGCACAGAAGGCUUCACCAGGUUCCAAGAGCGCCGAUUCCAUCCUUCUCUUCGCCUCACGCGCCGAUUCUACCCUCAUUCUCACAACAUGGACGGCUUCUUCGUGGCCAAGCUGAAGAAGUUCUCCAACUCAGUUCCUGCUUCAGAAAUGGAAGAUGGAGACGAGGACAAGACGGAGACCUCUGAGUCCGUAGUGGUCGCAGGCAGUGCUGAUCAGAAACCAUCCAAAAACAAGACCGGCAAGGUCCCCGUGAAGGCGGCCGUCUCACCCAAAGCCCAAACCAAUGGCGCAGUGGCCAAGAAAUCACCAAACAUCCCAGCUAAAGGUCAGAAGGACCAGAGCCCUGGGCCGAAAAAGGCCAAGAAGGCCAAGAUGGAGGCGAAGAACGUCAAUGAGGGGGAAGCCAACGCAGCAGAAUCUGGCAAAACGGAAAAAAAGAACGAGAAAAACAAGAAGACAACUGUGAAGAAGAAGACCAGAUUGGGAAAGAAUAAAUUCAAUAAGUUGAAGAAAGUGCUUCAAAAGGAAUGGAACGGAGAGUGAAACUGCUUAAUGCGUCAAUGUGUACAUGAUUAUGUAAGACUUUUUAAGAGCCGUUUUCCCUUCUCAGGGUGUAGAAGUAUCGUCUGAAAUGUUGUCAGAUGUCCUCUGGAUUGAGCAGCUUCCUGGUUGUUGUUCAUCUAUUUUACACCUUUUCAGAAGACUUGCAUUAUCAUAGGGACACAAUUUAUCAAUGAACUCAAGAAACCCUACCUUUGUAUCUCUACAGAGGUCCCCAUCCAUUAUAAUCUAUUGAUUGUUCGACUUUAUUUGUUUAAUGAGUGAGAACAUAGGUGUACUGAGGCAAUAAAAUAUUUACCCAUUUCUUUGGCAA